AUGCAUGAUCUUGUGCAUGAUUUGGCUGGAGAUAUUUUAAAGUCUAAACUAUUUGAUCAAAAGAGUGUAGGAGGAGAAAAUCUUUCUCAAGUCCGAUACUUUGGAUGGGACUCACCAAGUGAUAAAAUAGAUAAGAUAAACGAGCAUGGACGUUUGUGCACAUUUUUCUGUAAAAGAAAUAUAUCUGAAGAUAUGCUGUUGAGCUUUCAGUUCUUGAGAGUUAUAAAUUUGUCCAGGUCAGGCAUUGAGGUGUUGUCAGCCAAAAUCGGCAAGCUAAUAUACUUGAGAUAUCUUGAUCUCUCCAGUACUGAGAUCAAAGACUUGCCCAACUCCGUUUGCAAGCUCUACAAUUUGCAAACAUUUAGAGUCAAUGGCUGUUCUUCACUGAGGAAGCUUCCGGAAGAAAUGGCAAAUAUGAAAAGUUUGAGACACAUAUAUUACCAAUCAGAAAUUGAUUAUCAGUUUCAGAUGCCACUUAAUAUGGGGAAAUUGAUCAGUCUUCAGACGCUACAAUUUUUCUACGUAGGUGUAGAGAAAGGUCGUCAAAUAGAAGAAUUAGGUCGUUUGAAAAACCUUAGAGGUGAAUUAACAAUCAAAUGUCUACAAUUAGUCGGCAAUAAAGAAGAGGCUCAAACAGCAUAUUUACAGGAGAAACCAAAUAUCUACAAGCUGGUGUAUUUAUGGUCCCAUGAUGAAUCAGAAGGCUGUGAGAUCAAUGAUGAGCAUGUGUUGUAUGGUCUUCAACCACAUCCUAACUUGAAAACCUUAGUAGUGGAGAACUAUUGGGGGACUAUAUUUCCUUCAUGGUUCAGUGAAGAAUUGCUGCCAAAUUUGGUCAUGUUGAAAUUAAGUGGUUGCAAGAGGUGCAAAGAUAUUCCAUCGCUUGGUCAACUGAAGUUCCUUAGGCAUCUUGAGAUGAUUGGAUUCAUUGAAUUGGAAUGCAUUGGACCUACAUUUUAUGGUGUUGAUAAUGGAUCAAGCAGCAAUAAUGGCAAUAUCCAAGUGUUCCCGUCAUUGAAAGAACUAGUAUUGAAGGAUAUGCAUAGGCUUAUAGAGUGGAAGGGAGAUGAAGUUGGAGUAAGACUGUUUCCUGGGCUUGAGAGGUUGACGAUUACAGAGUGUCCACUGUUAAAAAGUGCUCCAACUCAAUUGGAAACCCUGCAUGAAUUAGAAAUUGAAAGAGUUGACAGUGAAAUGCCAUUGUUGAACUUGUGCAGCAACUUAACAUGUCUUGUGGAUCUUUCUGUCAGUGACGUGAAAGAGCUCACUUGUCUACCUGAUGAGAUGCUACGCAACAAUGCUUCUCUUCAACGCCUAUGUAUCUCAGCCUGCAGAGAGUUUCAUGAAUUACCACAGAGCUUGUACAAUCUCCAUUCCCUUAAGAGCUUAGGAAUAGCCUUGUGCCCCAAUUUCAGUUCUUUUCCGGUUCCCAGUGGAGAGAAUUAUUUAUCUUCCCUCCAAAGGCUUCAGUUACUUUAUUGUGAUGGAUUGACCAGUUUACCAAAUGGAAUGCUAGAACAAUGUCGGUCUCUAAAGAUUUUGAGGGUCAGCAACUGUAAGAACUUGGUUUCCUUCCCUUUACAUGUAUGGGAAAUGCCUUCACUUUCCAUUUUGGAUAUGUCAGAUUGUCCCAAAUUGAUUAGUCUACCCACAGGAGGCCUUCACCGUCUCACUGGGUUACGGCAUUUGAAAAUUGGUCCUUUCUCAGAGAUGGUGGAUUUUGAGGCAUUCCAAUUGUUUUUUAAUGGCAUUCAGCAGCUGUUGUUCCUUCGUACAUUGAGGGUGUACGGACAUGGGCACUGGGAUUCUCUGCCCUAUCAGCUUAUGCAACUCUCUUCUCUAAUUGAGCUCGAAUUAAGUGAUUUCAGUAUCGAGGAUCUUCCUCAUAGUCUUUGCAAUCUUACUUCUCUUGAAACAUUACAUCUAGAGGGGUGCAAACGGCUACAACAUGUGGACUUCAGAGGUGCCAUGCCCAAAUUACAUUAUCUUGAGAUCUAUUGUUGUCCAUUGUUAGAAUCUCUGUCGGAUGGACUCAGCAACCUUGUUUGUUUGGAAACGUUAAUUUUUUGGAACUGCGAAAUACUAGAGCGUCUGCCAUCCAGAGAUGUCAUGCAAAGCCUCACGAAAUUACAGUACCUGGAAAUUAAAGACUGCCCACAGUUACUAGUUUCAAGGUCAUGCACUCAUGCUAGAACGUCGCUGUGGCAAAUCAAGCUAAAUCCCAUGAGCGGCAGGGGACAGAUAGGAACAUUUCGCUUCAGUGACUGUGGUUGCAUGAAGCUUGAAAGUUCAAGGACUUCAACAAAGAUAGUUGUCAUGAAUCUUAUAGCAAAGAGUGUCCCAUUAGCAGUAUCUGUUCAUCUUAAACAGAAACGAACAACAGCCCAAAAACGAACAGCAGCCCAGAACGAGCAGCAGCCCACCGCGACAGCCAGCGAAUCAAAUCGACCCGGAACCGGCAGUCCAAAGGCGUUAACACAUCUCCCUCACAUCCCUCUCCGUGGUACGAUUUGA